UUAAUUGUUCACGUUCUAAAGUGUUGUUCCUAUUUUAGGUCUGAUCAGACAACUCAAAGUACAUCCACAGCGGUCACUACUACAUCUCAGCAAACUAUUCAACAAACAGUGCAGCUACCAGGGGCACCUGAAGGGUUAACUGUCGUCGCGCAGAUUCCGCAGGAUUUAAUUUUACGCGAAGGUAUAGAAGAAUCGAAAGAAGACGUGAAGGAAGGUACGACACCGGUCGCUCUCAUUAAGAGAGGUAACAUUAAGAAUCAAGGGAAUCAAAGUGGAGAGGAAUAUAUUACGUCUAUGCCUGCCAGUUGGCAAAGUCUAGCAACGCCAGGGUCAACUGUUGCCGAUUAUCUCUCUAGACUGCCUGCUAGUACCUUGCCUCUUAGUUUACAGCACUUUUUGAAAUUUUCGGCAGAAACGAUAAAGAGAGAAGCCACUAUCGAAUCAAGUCCUUUAGGAGCUGAUGGUUUAGACGCAUCUGGAAGCACCGCAUCUGGUGAACAAGCGGUACAGAUUACUGUGGCAAGUGGAGAAACUGCUAUUAUCCCUGAUGUCGUCGAAGAACAAGAAUCCGGUACGAAACCUAAAAGAAAAAAGAAAUAUAAAAAAAAGCCUCCAAAACCCAAAAAACCAAAACCAGGUCAAGUGAGCAUAGUUACUGCUCUCGAUGGCACGACAUUAUUCUGUUGUCCUCAAUGUAAUAUGGCUUAUCCCGAAAAGGAACUUCUGGAACAACAUCUUAUUGGACACAAGAUAGAAAGAAGGUUUAUUUGUGACAUUUGCGGCGCAGGUUUGAAACGUAAAGAACAUUUAGAACGACACAAAUUGGGCCACAAUCCAGAUAGACCUUUUAUUUGUUCAGUUUGCAUGAAAGGUUUCAAACGAAAAGAGCACUUGAAUCUUCAUUUUGUUAUACAUUCUGGGCAGAAAACUGAAGUCUGUACUGAAUGCGGUAAAGCAUUUUAUCGCAAGGACCAUUUGAGAAAACAUGCUAGAUCUCAUUUGGCAAAACGUAUCAAAGAAGAUCCUUCGAACAUUGCCGAUACUUCCCAAAAUUCGCAACAGCAAACGGAUCAACAACAACAACAGGCAGAACAACUACAGCAGCAAGCAGAUCAAUUGCAACAACAAUCAUCAGUGUCUGAAUUGCAACAGAUUCAAAUUCAAUUGUUCUUCCAACUGCUGCGGAAACGGGUGCAAUGGCUAUGCUCCAUCAUCAACAACAGCAGCAACAGCAGCAGCAACAGCAGCAGCAGCAGCAGCAACAACAACAGCAGCAGCAGCAACAGCAGCAGCAGCAGCAACAACAACAGCAGCAGCAGCAACAGCAGCAGCAUUAGCGGCAGCAUACCGCCCCCAAUCAACCCGGGCGGUUCUUCCGAUUUAAUCAUCAACAAGCUAGAAACCGUGCAAGACAAAGUAUUUGAUUGACGGUUUGCAAUGAAUUUCCCGCCGUUCGGAAGCCAUUUUCCCGGUACUAUUCCGAGUAUUCAUCAGUUCGCAACCGACGGCUCCGGCGGUGCGGGCGGACGUUACGCCAAUCAUUUUCCCAACCAGCCUCCAAUUGGAGUGCCGGUUAUGGGAAAGUACCGUCCUGAAAGCAACGGCGUGCAAUCUGCUCAGUCACAAGUGAUGAUGAACAAUAAGACAAGUUAUCCCAACAGCAAUGUUCAUCAUUACCCGAAUGUGCCAUAUUCCCAAGCUCAACCAGUCCAACAACGACCCUCUAAUUCGCCUGGAAUGCCAGAAAAGCGUUCUUAUCACCAGCAAGCGACCGAAACUAUAAAUCAACAAGAUGUUUGCAAUCUCCUACAGGAUAAAGAUAAAAAUAAGGAAAAGAAAACAGACGAGCAACAGCGCAAUGGAGAAACAACAACAAAUGGUAGUCAGCAAGAUUACACGAUGCAUCAACAUCAUCAGCAGCAUGCUCAUACUCAAACUCCUGCAACUAUGCCUGCUACGUGGCAAUCUUUGGCUACUCCUGGAUCCACAGUGGCAGAUUACCUCAGUCAUUUACCAGCUAGUACUUUACCAUUAAGUUUACAUCAUUUCUUAAAAUAUUCUGCAGAAAGUAUUAAAAAAGAAUCGGAGAUGGCACAGACCACUUCAGUAGCUGUAGCAACUACAACAACGCCUAAUAUAAUGAUGUCUCCAAACAAUAAGAAAAAGAAAAAGAAGAAGGCUCCUAAGGAGAAAAAGCCACGUCCGAAACCUGGUGAAAUUCGCCUAACAACAGCUUUAGAUGGCUCUACGUUAUAUUGCUGUCCAGAAUGUCAUAUGGCAUACCCAGAACGUGAAUUAUUGGAGCAACAUCUUCUUGGACAUACUUUGGAACGAAGAUUCGUCUGCGAUAUUUGUGGAGCAGGCCUGAAAAGAAAGGAUCACCUUACACGUCACAAACAAAGUCACAACCCUGAACGUCCGUACGUUUGUACUGUUUGUUUGAAAGCUUUCAAAAGAAAAGAGCAGUUAACAUUACAUUUUGUUAUACAUUCUGGCGAGAAGCGACAUGUAUGCACAGAGUGUGGAAAAGGAUUUUAUCGUAAAGAUCAUUUAAGAAAGCACACCAGAAGUCACAUUGCAAGAAGGGUGAAAGCCGAGCUCAGUCAAAAUGCUAGUACGCAGCAAAAUCAGCAACAAAAUAAUGUUUCGAAUAUGCAGACAACGGCUGUUACAGCAUCAUCUGUUCUUUCUGGUGGACAUCCAGGACCACUCCUGUCCUGAGCCCCGCCACCAGGGAACUUUCAAGUUCCCCAUCCUAAUAAUAUUCUUCAUUCACAUACUUCUCAUCAUUCGUUGCAUCAUCAUCAUUUGUCGGCCGUUAAUGUGGCGCAUCAAUCGAGUGUCACGCCACUUGCUACGUCCAGCCACUAUCAAACGCAUGACCUCAGUUUUUUGGGACACGUUAAAGAUUUCUGAGAGCAGGGGAAGACCUCAAUUAAGAGGUAACAAAACUGACAAAUUGUACAAGUACACUUAGCCAGUGAGAGUUGAUUCGACCGCUUUUCUUAAUUUUGGCUUUGCUAGUGAGUUUUCUACAAUAAUGAACGAUCAUUCGUGAUUCUGCUGACUCUCUAUGUCCUAGUACAAUAGUGCAAAAGCUGUGACAGUUGCGUAAAUUUUUCAACACAGUUUUUAUUACCUGUAUGUCGGGUAUUGUUUUUGAGAUGCGUACCCAUAGAUCUUGUCUCUAAAAAGUGUGCCAUAUGUGUAUGUACAUGAUCAAAAAGAGAAAAAAAAAAGUAGAGAAAGACAUAGAGAGCGUUUCCAUGCACACAGAGGAAAGGGAAACUAUAAUUUUCUCUAGGAGCGUUAGAUUAGAAUACUUGAUAUAAGAGUCUUGCCAUACUACUGUAUGUAUGAGAAACAAAACAUAUUUUUAUGAAGGCUUGGUAUAAAACACAAAGAAGCUACUUAUUAUCAAGCUAAGCUUAUUGUCAAGAGAAAAAAAAGAGAUAUUACUCUUUUCCAAAUAAUUCGAUCUAAUUUAUAAAUUUAUUUUCAGUCAUUCAACCUAAAAAUUGUUGAACGCAAUUUACAAGAAUAUAGAAUUUGUGCGAAUGUGAGACAUGUAUAUAAGGAUGCAAACGAGUCAUCCCACCGAUUAAUAUGUAAUGUCUUUCAAUUCCUAAAAAGCAUGUUUCUUUUUAUCAUAUCGAUACAGUAAUAUUUUAUUGUUACUUCUAUAUCUUGAUCUAAACGAAUCAAAUACGUUUUUAACUUUUCUGGCGGAAAUUUUUCAUUUGUUAGAGUAUUGAGUUAUUUAAUGUUUUAGCGAAGGAUUACAAAACGGUAGUUAAAAAAAACAUGUGGCAAUACUUUAGUCAGUAGAAAAAAAACGAAAAAAAGAUUAUUUCUCGCUUUUGUUUUUAUAAAUUCAUUUCGUAUAUAUACAAAGUUGACAGUAUUUUAUAUUUUACAAUAUAUAGUUCCAAAUUUUCGCUUGUAUCUAUAUAUUUAUAUAUAAUUGCGUACAUAUAUUUAUACACAUCUAUUUCAGCGAGAAUUGUGCUAAAUCCCACAUUUUUUUAUAUACGUAAGUUUUUUUAGGAGUUUACAUCGUUUUUUAUGUCGUUUUUUUUUACAUUGUUUUUUUUAUACAUAUUUUUUUUCGUUAAAUCCCUUUAACUUUCGUUGAAUACUGAUACGUGUUAGUGAACGUUUUUCGUUAGACUCCAUAUACUUUUGAUUUUCUUUGUUUAUUAUUAUUAUUAUAAUUUUUAUACGUACAUAUAUAAUAGUAAAUAUCCAAGUAAUCGUCGUUAAGAAAGAAAGUUAGUUUUGUAAUCUUUUUUUUUUUUUUUUU